CUUGUGUUUAUGAGCUUGUCCACUCUGUUUCUCUCACUCACUCUGUUUCUCUCUCUCCCUCUAGUAACAUAGCCGAGGCGUUGGUCAGUAAAGGUUUUGCCACGGUCAUCCGCUACAGACAGGAUGAUGACCAGCGCUCAUCCCACUAUGACGAGCUACUGGCUGCAGAGGCACGGGCAAUCAAGAACGGGAAAGGGCUGCAUAGCAAGAAGGAGGUCCCCAUCCACAGAGUGGCUGAUAUCUCUGGGGAAACACAGAAAGCCAAGCAGUUCCUGCCUUUCCUCCAGAGAGCGGGCCGCUCAGAGGCAGUGGUAGAAUACGUGUUCAGUGGCUCCCGCCUCAAACUCUACAUGCCCAAAGAGACCUGCCUCAUCACCUUCCUCCUCGCCGGUAUCGAGUGUCCGCGCGGCUCCAGGAACAUGCCCGGCGGCAUGCAGGUGGCUGAGCCCUUCAGCGACGAGGCCAUGGCCUUCACCAAGGAGCUGGUACUACAGAGAGAGGUGGAGGUGGAAGUAGAGAGUAUGGACAAGGCUGGUAACUUCAUCGGCUGGCUUCACAUCGAGGGGGUCAACCUAUCGGUGGCGCUGGUAGAGAACGCCCUAUCGAAGGUCCACUUCACGGCCGAGCGUAGCUCCUACUACAAGACCCUGGUAUCCGGAGAGGAGGCCUCUCGUCUCAGGAAAGACAAGAUCUGGGCCAACUAUGAGGAGAAGAAGGUGGAGGAGGUGGUGCACGUGAUGGAGGAGAAAGAGCGCACAGCCAACUACAGAGCUGUAUAUGUCACCGAGAUCACGGACACCAUGCACUUCUACACCCAGGACGUGGAGACAGGCACCCAGCUGGAGAACCUGAUGGAGACCAUGAGGGCAGAGAUCGCCGCCCAGCCCCCAGUGGAGGGCUCGUACGCUGCCCGCCGAGGGGACUACUGCAUCGCCAAUUUCUCCGCCGACGGAGAGUGGUACAGAGCCCGGGUGGAGAAAGUUCAAUCGCCAGCAAAGGUCCAUGUGUUCUACAUCGACUAUGGCAACAGGGAGAUAGUGCAGAUCACGCGCCUGGCUGUCAUUCCCCCGGCCUUCAGCACUCGGACCCUGGCUGCACAAGCCACUGAGUACACCUUCGCCUACAUCCAGGUCCCACAAGACGAGGAUGCGCGUGCUGACGUGGUGGACAGCCUGGUGCGGGACAUCCAGAACACCCAGUGUCUCCUCAACGUGGAGCACAGCGGCGUCACCUGCCCCCACGUCACACUGCAGUUCGCCGACUCCAAGGACGACGUGGGCCUCAGCCUGGUCAAGGAGGGCAUGGUCAUGGUGGACGUGCGGAAAGAGAAGCACCUGCAGAAAAUGGUAGGAAAAUGGCAGCCUUGGCGCUCAGCCUUCAACACCAUAGUGCCCUCCAAGCUCAUGACUAAGGUCAGGGCCCUGGUUCUGAACUCCUCCAUGUUGAACUGGGUCCUGGACUUCCUUAUGGCCCUGACCCCAAGUGGUGAAGUUAGGCAACAACACAUCUCACAUUGA